AGAUGGGAACACGAAACAACCGCAGGCGAGGAACGGGGAAAAUCUGGAUAAACUGUACACUGACAAGGAACCGCGAAAACAUGGGGGUAAGGAACAACUGGAGGCGAUAAUGGAACAGGGAUGUUGUCAUGUGAAUGAAAGAGGAUCAUCAGUGAUGGAAUACAGAACAAACUUGAAUUGAAUAAGAAAAUGUAAAGUAAGUAGUUGCAGAGCCGUUAUCACUUUCUCAUCACACGGAAGAUCCAGAUCCGCUCUAGAUCCAGAUCAUCCGCUCAGGACAGAUGCUGUCAUUGUGUCGAGGCAGAUUUUUUUUCUCAUUCUGCAAGUGGUCUUUCAGGAAUAAUGCAGAACAGGCGUUUGAGUGGAAAGACUUCAAUUUCUAUUGUUGACAAUACAAUAUAUUUUGUCUGCAAAAUCGGUAAAAUUGUCAGUUUUUGAACUGGUUUAUCAUACCAUUAAUAUGAAUGGUUUUUUUCUAUUGUAGAUUCUCUAGGUACAUUCCGAUUUUCCCCCUGUCGGAAACUGGAUGAUAGGCGAGAAAUACGGCUACUGGUGACAUCACCCGGGUCAGGUCUGUAUUGCUAUACAGUAAAUAUCAACAAUGGUGGAGCCAGUGGGAUUUAUUGAAGCGUGGAAAGCGCAGUUCCCCGAGUCAGACCCCCCAAAGAUGGAGCUCAGGUCGGUGGGGGGCAUUGAGCAGGAGCUGGAGAAGUGCAAAGCCUCCAUCCGGCGGCUGGAGAUGGAGGUGAACAAGGAGCGCUUCCGUAUGAUCUACCUGCAGACACUGCUGGCCAAGGAGAGGAAGAGCUAUGACCGCCAGCGCUGGGGUUUCAGGAAGGCCCAGAUGAAUGAGGGAGGGGACCAGGCAGGGCUGGGCGCUGAGUCUCAGCAGCCACACGUACAGGAACAGGGGGAGCGGAGCCGGUUCCAGCCGGUGGGGGAGGCCAGGUCCAAACAGAGACCCCCUACAGCCCGGAAGUCAGCCUCCCACGGUGACGGGCUGGAGCUCCAGUCUGCCUUCGAGGUGCCCCAGCAGGCAGAGCCCUGCGAGACAGACGGCCUCUCGCCCUCCAAACAGAAAGGAGGUAUCUCCCCUCGCCGCCCACACCCACCCCCAAACAAGGACCUACCAUCUGACCCCAAUGACAAGCUUGGCAUGGGGCUGGGGGUGGCAGCGCUGAGGUCCAACUUUGAGAGGAUCAAGCGGGCCAACUCUCACUCUGCCGGGGAUGGGGGGAAGAGCCAGGAGAAGCAGCAGCAGCAGCAGCCCUUCUACACCAACAUGGAGUUCCACCAUGACAGGGGCCUGGUCAGGGUCAACGACCGAGAUGUCUCUGACAAGAUCAGCACCCUUGGCAGCCAAGCCAUGCAGAUGGAGCGCAAGAGGUCCCUACACUCCCUGCCAGGCAACCUGGCCACUGUGGCAGGUGAGCUCCGCACCCGGCCCGUCUACAGGGGGCGCUCUACCGAGAGCACCUGUGGGUACGAUGCUGAGUAUGAGGAUGGGGACCCCAACCCACGCCACCCCAAGGCCAACGGUGGAAAACAGCCCCCUCCACCCCCAUGGCAACCCUCCGACUUCCAGCCUUACACCAGCGUCUACGUGGGCGGGGUGAUGAUGGGCGAGGGCGGGGGGGAUGGAAAAGGGGGCGUCACCAUGAGGGACCAUGUUGGAGAUGAGCACCACCUGACCUGGCCCCGGCGCUCCUACUCUCCCGGGAGCUUUGAGGACGUGGGGGGCGGAGGCGGCGGCUACACACCAGACUGCAGCUCCAAUGAGAACCUAACGUCCAGCGAGGAGGACUUCUCGUCUGGCCAGUCCAGCCACGUGUCACCCAGCCCCACCACGGCCUACCGCCGGCCUUUCAGGGAGAAGAGCCGCUCGCCCUCGCAGAACUCCCAGAACUCCCAGCACUCUAUUGACAGCAGCAGCCCCCCCACACCACAGUCCCAGAAGCGUCCCCACCGCCAGCAGGGCCACGUGGUCAUGUCCGAAGCCACCAUCGUGAGCGUCCGUAAGACCGGCCAGAUCUGGCCCCCGCUCGACCCGGACACCACGCCGGCCAGCAGAGCCCCCCAUGACAACAGUUUCCAUGGAGACCUGGACGGUCCGUUCACGGGGACCCCUCCCACUUACGGUUAUGAUGCAGACCGUGCGGAGGAGCAGAGGCGCCACCAUGACAUCCUGCCCUACAUCGACGACUCACCCUCCGCCUCGCCACACCUCAGCUCCAAGAGCCGCGGCAGCCGAGACACCCUCUCCUCCGGAUCCCUUGAGUCCUCCAAGUCGACGGAGUUGGACUUAGAGAAAGGCCUGGAGAUGAGGAAGUGGGUUCUAUCUGGGAUCCUGGCCAGCGAGGAAACCUACCUCAGCCACCUGGAGGCAUUGCUACUGCCUAUGAAGCCUCUGAAGGCAGCAGCCACCACAUCCCAGCCGGUGCUGACCAUCCCUCAGAUUGAGACCAUCUUCUUCAAGGUGCCUGAGCUCUACGAGGUCCACAAGGAGUUCUACGAUGGCCUGCUCCCCCGGGUGCAGCAGUGGAGCCACCACCAGCGCGUGGGGGACCUCUUUCAGAAACAGGCCAGCCAGCUUGGAGUGUACCGGGCCUUUGUGGACAACUAUGAGGUUGCCGUGGAGACGGCGGAGAAGUGCUGCCAGGCAAACACGCAGUUCGCUGAAAUCUCUGAGAACCUCAAGGUGAGGAGCACCAAGGACUUGAAGGACCAGUCAGCCAAGAACUCUCUGGAGACUCUCCUGUACAAACCAGUGGACAGAGUGACACGAAGCACCCUGGUUCUGCAUGACUUGCUGAAGCACACGCCCUGCAGCCACCCGGACCACCCCCUGCUCCAGGACGCGCUCCGCAUCUCCCAGAACUUCCUGUCCAGCAUCAACGAGGAGACCACGCCCAGACGCCAGUCCAUGACCGUCAAGAAGGGAGAGAACCGCCAGCUGCUGAAGGACAGCUUCAUGGUGGAGCUGGUGGAGGGAGCCAGGAAGCUCCGCCAUGUUUUCCUCUUCACCGACCUGCUGCUCUGUGCCAAGCUGAAGAAACAGAUCGGAGGGAAGAGUCAGCAGUAUGAUUCCAAAUGGUACAUCCCUCUGUCAGACCUGACCUUCCAGAACGCAGAUGACUCAGAGCCUCUGCCCAUCCCCCAGGUGCCUGACGAGGAGCUGGAUGCCAUGAAGGUCAAGAUCUCUCACAUCAAGAGUGAGAUCCAGAGAGAGAAGAGAGCCAACAAAGGGUCAAAGGUGAUUGACAGGUUGAGGAAGAAGCUGUCGGAGCAGGAGUCUCUUCUGCUGCUCACCUCCCCCAGUAUGGCCCUCCGAGUACACAACAGGAACGGCAAGGGUUACAUGUUCCUGAUGUCAUCAGACUAUGAGCGGGCCGAGUGGAAGGAGACGAUCCGGGAACAGCAGAAGAAAUGCUUUAAGAGCUUCUCCCUGACCUCCAUGGAGCUACAGAUGUUGACCAACUCCUGUGUGAAGCUGCAGACCGUCCACCACAUCCCACUCACCAUCAACAAAGAAGGUCAAGAGGAUGAAUCGCCUGGCCUCCAUGGAUUCCUGAAUGUAAUCGUCCACUCUGCCUCCGGCCUCAAACAGAGCUUGAAUCUGUACUGCACGUUAGAGGUGGACUCCUUUGGCUACUUUGCGAACAAAGCCAAGACGCGGGUGUAUCGCUACACCACAGAGCCCAAAUGGAACGAGGAGUUUGAGAUAGACCUGGAGGGCUCUCAGACCCUGAGGCUGCUGUGUUAUGAGAAGAGCUACAACAAGACCAAGCAGAUCAAAGAGGAUGGAGACAGCACCGACCGCAUCAUUGGCAAAGGACAGAUCCCGCUGGAUCCGCAGACGCUCCAAGGCAAAGACUGGCAGAGAACGCUUAUCCCCAUGAACGGGAUCGAGGUGAAGCUCUCUAUGAAGUUUACUAGCCGAGAGUUCAGUCUGAAGAGGAUGCCGUCACGUAAACCCAUGGGCGUGUUCGGAAUCAAGAUCUCCACGGUGACCAAACGGGAGCGCUCCAAGGUGCCCUAUAUCGUCAGACAGUGUCUGGAGGAGAUUGAGCGGAGGGGGAUGGAGGAAGUGGGCAUCUACCGGGUCUCAGGGGUGGCUACAGACAUCCAGGCCCUGAAGGCUGCCUUCGACACCAACAACAAAGACGUGUCUGUGAUGAUGAGUGAGAUGGAUGUGAACGCCAUCGCUGGCACUCUGAAGCUGUACUUCAGAGAGCUGCCAGAACCCCUCUUCACUGACGACCUGUACCCCAACUUCGCAGGAGGCAUUGCCCUGUCUGACAGCGUUGCCAAAGAGAGCUGCAUGCUGAAUCUACUGUUGUCGCUGCCAGAACCCAACCUGGUUACAUUCCUAUUCCUGCUGGAUCACUUGAAGAGGGUGGCUGACAAGGAGAGCAUCAACAAGAUGUCCCUCCACAACCUGGCCACAGUGUUUGGCCCCACCCUGCUGCGGCCUGCAGAGAAGGACAGCAAGAUCCCCACCAACCCCACGCAGCCUAUCAGCAUGGGAGACAGCUGGUCCCUGGAGGUCAUGUCACAGGUCCAGGUGUUGCUGUACUUCCUCCAGCUGGAGACCAUCCCCACGCCGGACAGUAAGCGUCAGAGCAUCCUCUUCUCCACCGAAGUGUAGAGGGUUCCACAGGGAGAGAGAGGGUGGAAUAGAGACUCAAACUGAGUCUACAGUACAGUAUGUCCAUUUGGGAAGGCUACUGAGAGUGAGAAUGGCCCUAGCUGGACUGGACUGCAGCAGGAGAUUUCUUUGCCACUGAUUCUGGCCGUAUCCUGCAGAGGGCGCCACCACCCCCUCUGAGAACAAGAGUUGGACACCAAUCCCUCUGUUGUACCACACAUCUUGAUGAUGAUAAUGCAUUAUUACAUCACACCAAAUUGCUAGUGUGUCUCUCUGUGCCUCUCUGACGUAACAUAUCCUCCUCUCUUCGCUCUGUCUUUUCACUCUCAUGUUGAAGCGAUACAGCUUGUGUCUGGAAUGAAUGACAUUACUGAACAUGCCUGAUGCAAGCACAAAUGAAACACUUCAAUUUGACACUGAUCAGCAUGUAGGGGAACAUAGUGUCCCAGGUUAGUUUUUUGGGGAGGGUAUUGGCUCCUGCUUAGUAGGCAGAGAACCAGCUAUUGUGUAACUUACCACAGAUUCUGUGAUUUCUCAUCACAGUUUUGAGCUUCUCCCCUUUAAGUUAUUGUUGUGCAAGGUCAUUCUCCGUUUUUCUCAAUUUGGUUUGAAGAUUUAUACUGGCAAAGCAGCACUUCAAUGCUUUUAUUGUUUUAGUUUUAUACUGUAUGCCUCUUCAGAAAUAGCCAGAUCGUGAUGAGGAUCGCAUACACGGUAUAUUUGUUUUGGACAAUUAUGAAGGCAAGAGCCUGUAGAGCAUUUUGUUUAGCCAUCUCAAAUGUUGAGUUAUUUCUUAAUCCACUGCUGAAGAGAUUCAAACCUUAGGUUUUACACAUGCUACAUUGGGACCACAAUGCUAAGAGGGUUAUGUUGAAAAGGAACAUCUGGGUUCUCUGAAGAGUUUUGAAGAGGAACAUCCAGAGCUGCCAGGAUCACCACACAGUUGUCCCAGGAAUCCAACACUCACACAAAAAGUGUGUACAAGGUAAACAAGCCUCGGACAAAGACUGAGAGACUGCAAGAAAGGCAUUUGUGAAAAAGGAACAGUUGACAGAAACAGAUUCUUUGUAUAGAUUAUAAUAAGACUGCCUACAGUUUGGACCAUAAAGCAAUUCCAUCUAUUUGUGUUGUUUGUGUCUCAAGUAGUCCUUAUUUUAAAUAUCCAGGAAGAAAUAUAUUUUCUAACAUAGGAGUUUGUCUGCAGUCAUAUCUUUGGUCCGGAGAUGUCAUAGGAGAUCUUGCCAAAAUAAUCUGUUGUUUGGGAUUUUUUUUUUAACACAAUUGUAUUUACAGAUACAUUACUUACAUAAUUGUAAAGCUGUAUUUUUUUUUAUUUUACUUAUUUUAACAGUGUAAUAAUAAUUGUUAUGAGCAUAAUUUAUUUUGGGGGUCAGAUAUCAACAUGUGUUUGUUCUGAUUUUAUGAAGAAAGUGGUAUAGGUUCAGCCUUGAGUCCUGGAGGUCUGAGGUGAUGGGAGAUCAUAUCCUGCUUAUGUAACCAGGAUGUAGCCUUGUGGGAAUAACUGCAGUUUUGUCCAGCCUAUUGUUAGCCAUUUAUCCAUCAUGAAGGUAACACUCCCUCUAUGAUUUUUAAAUGCCGCUGUAGAAAUGUCACAACCCCUCUUCAUCUGUUGGGUAACCUUCCCAUUGAGUGUCCCAAUCCCCAACCACCAACCCUGAAAUCUCGCUGUGUUACUGAAGUAGUAAACAAAACAAUACAUUUAGUAGUAUACAGUACAUACGAUAACAUGUUUCCUCUCUUCAACUGUCUCUGUGGUCUUGUAAAAGUAAUUCUCAUGUAAAUGAAGGUUAAUUCACCUAUUUCUAAUCGUUUUGAUUUGAUUUGCAGGCGCUCUACAUUUUUGUCUAAAGUGGACCAUUCUGUUGCUUUUAUGAAGGAAUACUUGUUUAUCCUCUUUUCAAUGAAGGUGACCUAUCCUAUUCUCUCCAAUAUUUUUGAGGUGUCUGGACAGCUGUCUUAAACCGUCCCCUACACCCCUCCCCCAUGGUCUGCCUGAUAGUAACCCACCAAAGGGACCUGGAAAAGAAAAUGCUCUUAGAAUAUUUUGUUCAGAAGGAAAAAAAGAGAAGAUUAUAUUAGUAUGGUUUUAAUUUCAGUACCUUGAUUUAACAUGCAGGCAUGUUUGAUUACAUUUAUUUUCUUCACUGUGUUGUCAUUUACAGUGAGCUCCGAAAGUAUUUGGACAGCGACACUUUUUUGGUUGUUUUGGCUCUGUACUCCAGCACUUUAGAUUUGAAAUGAUACAAUGACUAUGAGGUUAAAGUGCAGCAUUAA